UCACAUAAUGAGCCUACAAUAUAAGGCCCGGCCCACGUAUACUGAAACGGCCAUUUUUCGGAAUUCCUCCACGGCGAGUACGUCCCACGCGCACCGCAUCAGUGCAGAGAAGAUAACGGCAAUCGGAGUUUUUGAUCGGCGACGAUGGAGAGAAACGUCGAGAAGAUGCUAAACAGAGUAUCAGUCGUGUUCAUAAGCAUCGGAACAGUGUUAAUGGUGAUUAUGAUUCUCCAGACGCCGAAAACUUGUAUUUCACCAGAAGCUCCAUCGAAACCUCAUACGCAUUUUCCGAGAUCCACCUGCGAUUCAUCGCCUCGUCAGCAUCUUCCUCUCCCAAAGAAGAACGCUCGAAUCUGGUCCUCUAAAGCUUGGAAAUCGCGUCUCUCCUCCUUCUCAAAUUACUUCCUCCGAUUUCGCGAUCUCGGAUUCCUUCAAAAGCACACCAAAGCUCUCUGUCUCUCCGCCGGCGCAGGCCACGCUCCGAUGGCGCUUUCUAAUAUCGGAUUAGCUGACGUUACCGCCGUUGAAUUGGUUGAUUCGAUUCCUCUUGUGAAAAGAGCUGAUCCUCAUAACCUUCCGUUUUUCGACGGUGUUUUUGAUUUUGCCUUCACUGCACAUCUAGCUGAAGCUCUGUUUCCGUGGCGGUUCGUGGAGGAAAUGGAGAGGACUGUGCGACGCGGUGGGUUUUGUGUGGUUGCGGUUGAUGAAUGUGGUGGAGAUGAUGUUAGAGACAUUGCUAGGCUUUUUCAUAAAUCGAAAGUCGUUGAUGUUGCUAAUGUAACCUUAGAAGGAUCCAAAAGGACUAGUAUACUAUUCAAAGUUCAAGACUCUCCGACAUGAGGUGUUUUAGUUUGUAUUCUUCUCUUUUGAUUGCGUUGGUUCAUUGGUCCUUUCUGGAUUCUCAGAAAACUGCUUCAAUGUUCAUAGAGUGGAGCUAAAUUUGAGUUAAUGAGAUUUGUGUCUGUUGAAUUUCA